AGUUUCACUAGCCAACGAAACAGAUCUUUUCGUUUGACUAUUAUAUCAUCGUGUGAUCUGACGGCCUAGAUGCACAAUAAAGCAGUAGACCAUUUCACAUCAUAGAGUAAUUCUCAGGUUUUCUUUCUUUUAUAUUUUUCUUACUGCGAGUAGAAGAGAGAAAGAAAGAGCUGCCAAAAGACGACCAACACCAUCUAAAUCACAGUCUCUUCGUCGCUCCACAUUUCCUCGCCUGUACGAAUAUCCCUAUAUCAUUUCAGCCUUCCCCAUCAUCAAAUAGAAAAGCUCAAAAACUACUCCGUCAAAAACCUCAACAUCCAUCAUCCAUGUGAUGUGAAAGCCUCCCUCGCCGCUCUCAUAAAGCCCGCGAUUCACUGAUCCAACUCGCUAACUCGGCUCAGCUUUUUUUUGUAGUUAAAGAUAAGAGGAAUAUUUUAGGAGAUACCGAUGGCUCUUUCGGCUUCUGAUUUGCCUACCGUAUACUCGUUGCUCGCCAACUCAAUGAGCCAAGACGAAACCAUCCGCAAACCGGCCGAGGCGGCUCUCUCUCAAUUCGAAAGCAGGCCUGGUUUCUGCUCUUGCCUCAUGGAAGUGAUUGCAGCGAAAGAUUUAGCGUCUCAAGUGGAUAUUCGACUGAUGGCCUCUGUAUAUUUCAAAAACAGUAUUAACCGGUAUUGGAGGAAGAGACGCGAUUCCUCGGGAAUAAGCGGCGAAGAGAAACUACAUUUAAAACAAAGAUUGUUAUCGCACUUGAGAGAAGAGAAUUAUCAGACAGCUCAAAUGCUGGCAGUGCUCAUUUCCAAAAUUGCUCGCUUUGAUUAUCCCCGGGAAUGGCCAGAGCUGUUUUCUUUUCUCGUACAGCAGCUUCAAUCAGCCGAUGUUCUUACCUCCCACAGGGUUUUUAUGAUUCUCUUUAGAACUUUGAAGGAAUUGUCCACAAAACGUCUUACUGCUGACCAAAGGAAUUUUGCAGAGAUAUCAUCCCAUUUAUUUGAAUAUUGCUGGCGUCUUUGGCAGAGUGAUGUACAAACAAUUUUACAUGGUUUUUCUACAAUCUCUCAGAGCUAUAAUUCAAAUGUCGUGGAGUGGCAUCAUGAUGACCUUUAUCUAACAUGUGAGAGAUGGUUAUUUUGUCUAAAGAUAAUAUGUCAAUUAGUGAUUUCAGGGUUUCAAAGUGAUGCAAAAUGUAUUCAGGAGAUAAGACCAGUCAAAGAGGUUUCUCCUGUGCUCUUGAAUGCUGCUCAAUCAUUUCUUCCAUACUAUAUAUCUUUUCAGAAUGGACAUCCUAAAUUUUGGGACUUUAUAAAGAGGGCAUGUACUAAAUUGAUGAAGGUUCUAGUUGCAAUUCAACAAAGGCAUCCUUAUUCAUUUGGUGAUAAAUGUGUGCUUCAACCUGUUCUCAAUUUCUCUUUAAAUAAGAUUACAGAUCCUGAGCCAGAUAUAUUAUCCUUUGAGCAAUUCCUGAUUAAGUGUAUGGUAAUGGCAAAAAGUGUAUUUGAAUGUAAAGAAUAUAAACCAAGUGUUACUGGACGGGUUAUGGAUGAGAAUGGUGUCACACUAGAGCAGAAGAAGAAAAACAUUUCUAAUGCAGUUGUUGGUGUUUUGACUUCCCUUUUGCCUAAUGAACGGAUAGUACUUUUAUGCAACGUAUUAAUAAGGAGGUAUUUUGUUCUAACUGCAAGUGAUUUGGAAGAAUGGUAUGAGAACCCUGAGGCUUUUCAUCAUGAGCAGGAUAUGGUUCAGUGGACAGAGAAACUGAGGCCUUGUGCGGAGGCUUUAUAUAUUGUAUUGUUUGAAAACCACAGUCAACUGCUAGCUCCAAUUGUGGUGUCCAUCCUUCAAGAGGCGAUGAAUGGUUGCCCAACUUCGGUGACUGAAAUUACUCCAGGGUUACUUCUUAAGGAUGCUGCCUAUGGUGCUGCUGCAUAUGUAUAUUAUGAGCUCUCAAAUUACCUGAGCUUCAGAGAUUGGUUUAAUGGUGCUUUAUCCCUUGAACUUUCUAAUGAUCAUCCAAAUAUGCGUAUCAUCCACCGGAAAGUUGCACUGAUAUUGGGGCAAUGGGUUUCUGAGAUUAAGAACGACACAAAAAGAGCUGUAUACUGUGCAUUAAUACGGUUGUUACAGGACAAAGACUUGUCUGUGAGACUGGCAGCCUGCCGAUCAUUGUGUUUACAUAUUGAAGAUGCAAACUUUUCAGAGAAAGAUUUUUCUGAUCUACUUCCUGUUUGUUGGGAUUCAUGUUUUAAAUUGGUCAAAGAAGUUCAAGAGUUUGAUUCAAAGGUCCAGGUUUUAAAUUUGAUUUCUGUUCUUCUUGGCCAUGUCAAUGAAGUCAUCCCAUAUGCAAACAACUUAAUGCAUUUUUUCCAGAUGGUUUGGGAAGAAUCUUCUGGUGAAAGCCUUCUACAGAUCCAGCUUCUUAUUGCUUUGCAGAACUUUGUUGUUGCACUUGGAUAUCAGUCACCUAGUUGCUACGGCAUACUCCUGCCCAUUCUUCAGAAGGGGAUUGAUGUAAAUGGCCCAGAUGAACUCAAUCUUCUGGAAGAUAGCAUGCUGUUGUGGGAAGCUACACUUUCUCAUGCACCUGCAAUGGUGCAACAAUUAUUAGCAUAUUUCCCAUGUCUAGUGGAAAUCUUGGAAAGAAAUUUCGACCAGUUGCAGGUUGCUGUUGAUAUUGCUGAAGAUUACAUUAUUUUGGGUGGAAGGGAAUUUCUUAGCAUGCAUGCUUCCAAUGUGGCUAAACUUCUAGAUCUCAUUGUUGGAAAUGUCAAUGACAGAGGGCUGCUUUCAACACUUCCUGUCAUUGAGAUUCUAGUACAGUGUUUUCCCAUGGAAGUGCCACCACUAAUCAGCAGUACUUUACAAAAACUAGUUGUUAUUUGCUUGAGUGGAGGAGAUGAUGGUGAUCCUUCAAAGACAGCUGUUAAAGCAUCUUCAGCUGCUAUCCUAGCGAGGAUUUUGGUGAUGAAUACCAACUAUCUUGCUCAACUAACAUCAGAACCUUCUCUUUCAUCAUUACUGCAGCAGACUGGUGCAGCUGUUGAAGAUAAUAUUCUUCUUUGCCUGGUUGAUAUAUGGCUUGACAAGGUAGACAAUGUAUCCUCACCCCAGAAGAAAACAUUUGGCCUAGCGCUUUCCAUAAUUUUGACUUUAAGGCUGCCUCAAGUUCUGGACAAACUUGAUCAGAUAUUAAGUGUCUGCACUACUGUAAUUUUGGGAGGGACUGAUGACUUAACUGAAGAAGAGUCAAGUGGUGAUAACAUGAACUCAAGCAGGUCUCAUGAUGAGGAUUCACUUCCCAGUAAGGAGUUAAGGAGAAGACAGAUUAAAUUCUCAGACCCUAUCAACCAGUUGUCAUUGGAAAACUCAGUGAGAGACAAUCUUCAAACUUGUGCUGCCAUUCAUGGCGAGUCAUUUAAUUCUGCCAUUGGUAGGAUGCAUCCUGCAGCUUUUGAACAAUUGAAGCAGGCGCUGAAGAUACCAUAGGGCAGCUCUGAUGUUCUUUUUAUCAACUGAGGUCUUUUCUUUUUUCUGGGCGAUUAUUUCUACUUUUCCAAAGAUUGAGAAAACAUUUAGGUGACAUUCAUGCUUUUUCUUGAGAUGGGUUUGGUGGUUUCUACAUUCUUUGUAUUUUUCUGCUAUGGCUGCUUGGGUGGGGUGUUGAUUUGUUCAUAUGUUAAUUUUUGCCGUAUAAGAAACUUUUUGAAUAGCUUGCUGUGGUCCUUGCCUGCUGCCUGGGUAUUUUAAAGCAACACGAGGGUCAGGGCGUUGAGUUUAUGGGAUGUCAUUUACUCUACACGCGAGUGGAAUGAAAAUUUUAUGCGGAAAAAGAAAGGUUAAAUUCUUGAGAGAUUUCUUACUUCAUGAAGGAUAUACAUAUACCCAACGUCUUUCCAGUUUUUUGGGCCUCAAUAAU